GAGUCCUGCUUGAUCUGAUCUGACCUUCUCCCUGCCCCAUGAUGUUGUAUCUGACAUACCCCAUUUCAUUCCUGCUCUAUAUUAUCCUUUGUCCUGGGAUAAUGGCUUAAUGAUAAUCUGCGUGUUUCCCUUGUCUAUACCCUUUGUUAUACCCUGUCAUGUUUUUGUUUCCUGUCUGUUUCCCAAUGGUGGUCUUGCAAGAAUCUUUGAAGCUGAGUUCCGCAGUCACGAAUAUGGAGGUUGUGCACGGUUUUCAUAUGUUCAGGAUAGAGGGACGGUCAGAUGGGAUGGCAGUAAAUUAUUGAUUUCAGCUUUUGGGUUCGGUGUUGUCAGCCCUGGAUUAUCUGUGCCAUUGUGCUUUUUUUUCGUUUCUUACCGUUUGCAUUGAUGGUUCUCUCCCACUCUACUCUGAUUGAUUCUAUCGUGCCUUUGUGUGACCACGAUUUCGUCUGGGCUUUUCACCAUGAAUUUUGUGAUUUUUGUUUUGCAUACAGACCUUGAU